AGGGAGUAAGUGAUGCGCCACGAUAGUUACGGCUUCGAGUACUUGUCACCGCCCGUGUAACGUCAGCAAGAUCUGAAAUAUCGAAUCUUUCGGAAAAUCGAGAACCCUUAUUACUCAAGGGACAGGGAGAAAAAAAAUGAAGCACAGAUUGAAGGAAUUGCGGUGUCGACGGGUACACAGGAUCUUAUCAACAUCCGUAUGAUAAUAAUACACGCCAAAAGACGAAUAAUGUAGGCACAUCGCCGAACACAUUUUACGCCUCUAAUGUAGAUGACACUGUUCAUAAACAACCGAUUCUCUAUCACGCACGUCAAUUCUUAAGAGAAAAAAAAAUUUUUUUUAAUAAAAAAUAGAAAAAACAUUGAAAAUGUAGUUUGCUAGUAGCAUGAAUAGGGACACCUAACAAGAUGGAAAAGUCGAAUUUUCAGUGCUUAACCUGCUGCGUGAGGAAACUCGCCGUUGGAUAGAAAUGCGGCACUAGCUCUUUAGACGUUUAGGUCGAUGGGUGCACAACACCGCGCGACGAUGAUUAAUGUCAAUUCACUGCCGCGCGUCAGACACGAUCACUUGUCUCCAGUAAAUCGGCCCACUAACAGAGCAUAGAUUGUGCAAUCUAUAUAGAAUGUGUACAUUUAUGACAGCUCCGCUUGGUACACACACCAGACACACGACUCCGUGAAGAUCGCUGUUUUUUUUUCACACUUCCUUUUUUCUGCUCGAGGAGAAGACUUUACCACUUUUCUCGAAACAAUCGUUCCAUAUGGCACUUUCCCGAUCAACGGUACAUUAAUAUACUUCUAAUCCAACGUGAUCAAGUUUCAAAUUGGAGAAUUUAAAUCACACUGAAUGGUAUCAAGACCCGAGUCUCAAUCACGCACACGAUACACACGAUGCUGUGACACUUUCGUUCACAACAACAAACCCCGUAGAUCACGUACACACAAACCUUUUUCCGAUGACUAACGGAUUAGUCAAUUACCAGAAAUUGUCCGUGAAACCGUGAAGAAACGACGAAUUGAUUUCAAUCGAGGAAGAUCUUUCGGGGGUACCUUUCUUCAAUGUCGUUUUCUUUUUCCUCAAGUCGGAAAUGGUGCAUUUCGAUGAGAGCGACUAAAAAUACAGCGCCUCUCUCGACUGAUAACAUACUUACGCACAGUGGAUGUGUGUAUUUACAUGUCCAUUCUACAGUAGAGAUUUAGGAAUUUAGGAUUUACUAGGGACUUUCUUUUGGUCACAAUGAGAAUCAUUAGGAGUCAUUGCCCUUUCUAAAAAUCCUUAGUUUGCAAAACUCUAAUUUUCUAAUGACGCAACAAAUCACUUCAUUAAAUGUAACAUUAAUUAUAAUAAUUUAAAAGUACAAGAAUUAUUUUCUUACGAAUUGGAUUAAUAUAUACUGUUUAUCUAUCCUUUCCAAUUCUGCCCUGAUUGGUUUAUUUUGAAAUUCAAUUUUAGAAAUGGCCGCCAAAUACCGUUUUCUCGUAAAACAAUAUUUCUUAUUUUCAAUCUUGUGAAUAUAUAUAUAUAUAUGUAUAUAUAUGCGACAAAAAAAUACACAUGUUUAAUUCUCGAGAUGUACCUGUAAGAACAUAUACGCCAUAUAAACGUAUUUUUACUUUCUAUGGAUGCUUUUCUUGAAAACAUAAUGUGUUCCCAUUGUAGAAAUUACACUUUCUGAAGAAGGUUUAUGAGAUCAGUUUUAAUGUUAUUCUCAUUUCUAAGAAGACGAAAUUUCAGAAUUAUUCAAGAUACACAGGCUAAACAAAAUGGAAAAAUAUCAACCUAUGAGAACAUUUAUAUUUGCAGUUGUAGAAUAUAUUAAACAUCCGAGUGAAACAACUGCUGCGGUUUUACAACGAAAUCUUGGUUGUAGCUGCAGAGUUCUAUGUUAGUCUACACGAGCUUAUGAAUUCUUUGGCAUCUAGGACUACCUUAAUUUGGAGCACAGUUGAUGUUUUACAAAAUGCUUGUCGUAAUGCGGCUGCUAGACAAGCCCUUAUACAUACUUAUAAAUUUGCACCCAUAUUGGCGAGAUUAUUGGAGGCUAAUUUGACAACUGAGAAAAGAAUACGAGUAUUAAAAUUACUUCAAGAAUUAACAUAUGGUAUAAAAAUUUCUUGGCAAGAAGCUCAUUUGCCUUACUUAAUUUCUAUAUUAACACAGUGGGUAACCCAAUCCAAAGAAGAAGAUAUUAUUGCUCUUUCUCUUGGCGUAUUAGUGAAUCUUUGUUACAAAAAUCUUCCAGCAGUCUAUACUUUAAUGAGAACUAUUGACACGAAAGCUUUUAUAAGGACAUUGCUAAAACUGCAACAUUGUAAUGUUAAUACCAGCGUGCAAUGUUGCAAACUUUUAAUUAUCUUAGAGCACACAAAUACAAACAUCUCGGAAAAAUACAUCUUAGAUUUUGCUGCUGUUACAUUUAGUAGUCUUAUUGUUGCAAUGAAACAAAGGGAUGUUUUAUUACUCAGACAUAUUAUAGACUUUUUCAAUGAUGUUGGGCAAAACGAACACUCUCACUCUGUGUUACUUACAUAUGCACAUUACGGCAGAGAUGUAGAAAAUGUAUUGGCUACAUUAGAAGAUAAUGCGGAUCCAGAAUGUGUUGCACUUAUGAUGGAAUUUUUGGCAUCGUUAGUAAAAUUAAAAUUAUCAGCCUUAAUACCAUUGUAUCCUUUAUGUGUAAAAACAGCUAUGACAUGGGUCCCUGUGGAACAGGUAUGUUCCAAAGCAUUGACUUUAAUAAGAGUCACUGUAAUUGAUUCGCGACGUAUUAAGACAUCCGCUGAAGUCUUAGCAGAAUUAGAUGCUUCUGUUUUGAUGCUUAUCAUAAAUUCGGAAAACAAUAGACACCAAAGUGUACAGGAAUUAAGCUUGGAAACAGAAACAAGACUAGCAGAAUUAAUGCAGCUGUUUCAAGAAAUGGUUAAAAUCCCUUCGCUUAGACCCAAGGUUAUGCAGUCUCUGAGUGAACAGACAUUAUAUAAAUUACUGAGUCCAAUGUUGGAUUCUGAAACGUGUACAGCUGAUGAUUUUCCUGGAAAAUAUAUUCAAAAUCCAACUACAAAUCUAUGCAUUCAUGCAUUAGCUUUAACAGCUGAUUUAGCAGCUCAUAAUUCCAACUGGCUAACUCUAUAUUCUGAACUACUUCGAAAAAAACAAAUACAAAUGACAAUGGCUUAUGCAGUGUUUAUUGGUGAUACUGAUGUCAAACAGAAAGUUUUACAAUUAACAUCUACUGUAGGAUUUCCUCAAGAAUGUGUUUCUGCGGUGGCGCUUUGUAUGAAGCAGUUGGAACCUCUGAUAUUAGUACAAAGUACUUCCAGUAUGGUUACGAGUAUUGGAAACAAAAUGCCCAUAAAUUCAAAUAGCGAAAUGGCUCCGCUUUUCUCUUUUGCGCAAGAAGAACGACUUGAUGCCUUUUUAGCAAAAUUAAAAAGAGCUUAUGAGUCAAACCAAAUGAGUGACAUUACCACUUCAGCAGUCAUGGAAUUGUAUGAAUACAAGUUAGCAGCUAUGAGACAUGCAGAACGUGCGAUGCAAUCCAGUUUAGAAGCAGCGAACAAUCAUGGCAUUAGUUUACAGCAUAGACUUGCACAAAUAGUGGCUGAGUCGAGUCGUCUACAUCAAAUGUUAUUUGAUACUCAGCAAUGUUUAGAAGGUGUUAAAUCUACAUUGACAGUAAAACUUGCUGAAGCAGAAGAGCAAAGUAAAAAAGCAGUAGCUAUUAAAAAACAGGAAAUUGAAGGAUUGAAAAAAAUAGUCACUGAAAAGUCUGCUAAUAUCGAGCAUCAAAAUAUAUUAAUAUCACAGUAUAAACACGAGUUGGAAAGUAGUAUUAACAGAACUGAAGCAUUAACUAAAAAAAUAAAAGAAGUAGAAGCGGAAUGCGCGAAUGCGGAUGCGAGAACUACAGAAAUGGUCAAUAAGAAUCAUGAGUUGAGUAAAGUCCUUCACAAAAUGCAAGAUCAGCUUAAUAAGAAAGAACAGGUGAUAGAAUUAAAAGACGCAGAAAUACAAUCGAAUCAAAAAGAUAUUUCUGCGCUUAAGCAAGAAACACAACAAUUAUCGCAAUUAGUACAUACGUACGAACAAACUAUUGCAGAAAGAGAGGAAAGUCUCCAGAAGCUGAGAGCAGAAUUAAUAGAUUUAAGCCGCAUGAGAGACAUGAUUUUUGAGCUUACCGCCAAAAAGAAAGAAGACAUGAAUACAAGCUAACAUCAACUGCAUCUUUUUAAAAUGCAACUAACCCUUGAAACUAUCAAACAACUUUGAUAGCAAUAUUCUUAAUAAUGUACCACAUUUUUCAUAUAUAUAUAUAUAUUUUGAACAAAAUUUAUUAAAAAUUACAUUGCAUUAUAUGUACCUGUAUGUAUAUAAAAAAACCAGCAAUUGAGUUAUAUGGUUCGUUUUGUAAAUACAGUUUUUUAAUGUUUACAUCAAUUGCAUAUUACUUCCACAUGCAAUUAUGAUUUUAUACUUUGAAACAGAAAAAGAUUUUCGUUGUAUAUUAAAUAGAUAUUGUAAUAAUUUUUCUCUUUUAAUGAAAAAAUUAUUCUAGCAAUUGAAAUGUAAUUAUUCUACUGAUUGAAAAUAAGCAACGAACGUUUGCAUAUCUAAUAUUUUAUUUUUUCUUAUUCUUUUAAAUAAAAAAUACUGACACUGUUUAAAUUA